CUUUCCUUUCUGCUUUUCUCUUUGCUUUUUUCAUCCGACAAAACCAAAUCCCCAGAAACCGAACCAGACUUCAAUGGUUCCGAUUUCUGCAACCCCUUUUUCAUGUACCUCUCUGCUCCUACCGAAAGGGGCAUUUCGGGUAUGAGCUCCACUCUCUAUGCCUCUCCUUUAAUACCUUCCUCUGGUUUUCCGAGUCUCGAACACUACAAGUGAGAUGAAGGGAAAUGGGAUGUCGAAACGAGAGAUGAUUUCACAGAAGAAGGAGAAGAAGACGAAGAAGAAGAAGAGAUUCUUGGUAAGUGUCAAUGUUCUUGGAAGUGCAGGUCCCUUAAGGUUCUUGGUUGAUGAAGAAGAUGAAGUUUCCGUUGUCAUAGACACCGCCCUUAGAGCUUACGCUCGUGAAGACAGGUUUCCAGUUCUCGGUCUCCAUGCCCGUAACUUCCUCCUCUACUCUGCUAGCUCCGGAUUCAAUGCUCUGAUUCCGCAGGAGAAGAUCGGUUCUGUCGAAGGGAGAGAUUUCUUGCUGUGCAAGAAAGAACAACUGUCGUCGGAAAACGAAGGAAGAGGAGAGACGAGAGCUCGGAGAGGCCAUGGAUGGAAAGCUUGGCUUCUCAAGCCCUUCAAACUUCAUGACCUAAUAACUUCGAUAAAGCCAUAAUCGGUCCUUCGGAUAAUAUAUGUAUGGGACAUGAAAAUAACGCAAGUGACUAGAUCAUGCUUUGUCUGUUUACGUGAUGUAAUGGUCCAAUGAGAUUCGUAUUCUCCAUUAGGAAAAAUUUGGAAAAAAAUUAUGUUUGGAGGGUCGUAAGAAAUUAUUAUCUUUUGGGGGAAUGAGAAUAUGAUCUUUUAA